AGCCGUUCUGGUGGUUAUUAGUCGAGACUCCGAGUAUGUUAAACGUGGGACGCAAAACGAAUAAAAAGCGGGAAACUUCGAAUGACAAAUGUAGAAAAUUCUGAGCGCGCGGAAACUCGGAUUCACAGAACGCCAUGGAAGAGGUUAGGGUGAGCUCGGCUUGGGUCGCUGGUCGUUCAACUCAUGUCGUCGUCGAUUCAACAGGACUCGAGAAAGCAGUGGAGACGAUUCAAGGUUCGAUUCCAAAAGUCCAGUGGGAUUUUGAAGGGAUUCACUAUUUCGAUAAUGGGCCUCUCACCGUUCAGUACCUGUUUGUUUUGGACGCAUUGAAUUUUUGUUUCUGGCCAGAUAAGGAUUUGAAUUAUGAUAAUUUGGCUUCUGGGCUGAAGGCAGCUCUGCAAAAUGACAAAUCAGUGUUUGAUGCUGAUCGUUUACAGAAAUACACUGGUCCUCAACUUCGUGAGUUGUUGAAAUGGCCUCGUCCACUUCCUUUGGAGGAUGAACGCAUCCGCUUGCUGCAUGAGGUUGGACAGGAACUGGAGAGGAACUUCGGGGGUAAAGCAGCCAAUCUUGUGGAGUCGUGUGGAAAGUCCGCUGUAUAUCUUGUUGCCCUCAUAACACGUCAUUUUCCUGGUUUUCGAGAUCAUUCAGUGUACAAAGGUCGCCAGGUUUUCCUGUACAAGCGAGCACAGAUAUUUGCAGCAGAUUUAUGGGGUGCUUUCAAGGGUCAAGGAUAUGGUGAAUUCAAUGAUAUAGGCGCGGUUACCAUCUUUGCAGAUUAUAUUGUUCCAGCUGUGCUUAGGAAUCUUGGUGUGUUGAGAUAUAGUUCAGCCCUGGCCAGUACUAUUGAAUCUAACAGUGAAAUUGGUUCAGGAAGUGAGGAAGAAGUAGAGCUACGGGCUUGCUCUGUCUAUGCCGUGGAGAAAAUGAGGGAAUUGAUUGAAAUAAAAUCUGGAAAAAAGGUGCUCAGUGUGGAACUGGAUCUUUGGCUCUGGUCUUUUGGGGUCCAAUGUCCAUCUCUGCAACACCACCGUACACUCUCAAUAUACUACUGAGCAAAUCAUAAGCCACAUGUGUCCUCUUGUUAUGAUGCCUUUAAGGGAGAAUUACUAUUGAUGAGUUGAAAGCUAGAGGUAAAGUUUUGGGAUGAAAGAUGUAAUUAUUAGUUUUGAUAUGUUAUUCACUCUUUUUGGAUAGUUUAUCUGCCUUAAAAAUUUUCCUGAUGAGUAAAUAAACGAAUUUACUUACAAGAAGGGGAACUAGGUAUCUGGGAAGAGGAGCAAUGCAUCCACUGUUUGGCUAAGAGUCGGUCAAAUGUAUUGUCAUCUUGGAAUAGUGAUGAACUAAAAAUACUCCUUUAGAACCAAAUUGACUAUAUUUAGGUUUUUCUACUUUUUCAAAGAUGCUAAAUUAGUUCAUUGACUA